UGACACAGGGGAUCUUCUGAUUGGUCCCCCCACAUUGCUGGAAAUUUCAGCCAUCUGCCAUCUCAGGAGCAGUGAACAUCCAACAUAUCUCCUUAUUCUACAUGUUCACAUCUAGUGGCCAAAGAGGAUGAGGAAACUGAAGCCCAGACGCCAGGAGUGACUAUUCAAAGACCAUAGGUCUUUCCAGGUGCUGGAAAAAGUACAUCUAAAAUCCAGGUCUCCUGACACCUAGCCAGCAAAUGAUACACUUUCCCCAUUGUCACACAGUUCAGUUUAAUUUAACAUAUAUUCACUAAGUAUUAAUUACAUGUACUUCAGUGUGCUGAAUUCCAGGAAUAAAAAAGACCAAAAAGGAAUUACCUCUGCCCUCUGGGAUCUUAUCUUCUACUGAUAACAUGAAUGCAGAUGAGCAGAUUCAAAAUAUCAUGAGUGCAUGAAAAGCCUUCCCCCAUUUCCUGAUGUUAUCUUUGUCCACAGGAAUGUGACUCAAAGUUGACCGUUCCUGGUCAUGGCCUCUCCCAACCACACAAGUACUAGUCACACUGUAUUCAUCUUGCUGGGCAUCCCUGGACUAGAGGCCCAGCACUUAUGGAUCUCCAUCCCCUUCUGUUUCUCUUACCUAGUUGCUCUCCUUGGCAACAGCCUCCUUAUCUUUGUCAUCAUCAAUGAACGCAGCCUCCAUGAGCCCAUGUACCUUUUCCUCUCCAUGCUUGCUGGGACUGACCUCAUCCUCUCUAACACAGCUUUGCCAAAGGCUUUGGCCAUAUUCUGGUUCCAAGCUGGAGAGAUCUCCCUGGAUGGAUGCGUCACUCAGAUUUUCUUCAUCCAUUCCACAUUCAUUGCCGAGUCAGGAAUCCUAUUGGCAAUGGCAUUUGACCGCUAUGUGGCCAUCUGUGACCCACUGAGAUAUGCCACUGUCCUCAGCCGCAGGACAAUUGGUUAUGUUGGUCUGGCUGUCAUUGUGAGGAGCUUUUGCGUGAUUCUUCCUGAUGUGUUCCUGGUCAAGAGGCUACCCUUCUGUCGCAGCCGAGUACUCCCCCACACCUACUGUGAGCAUAUGGCCGUGGCCAAGUUCGCUUGUGCUGACAUCCGUGUGAAUGUCUGGUAUGGCCUAUCUGUCCUCCUUUUCACUGUUGUGCUGGAUGCCCUGCUUAUAGCUAUUUCUUACAUCCUCAUACUUCGAGCUGUCUUCCGCCUCCCAUCUCAGGGAGCCCGUAGCAAAGCUUUGGGCACAUGUGGCUCCCAUCUUGGGGUCAUCUCCAUGUUUUACCUUCCAGGAAUUUUCACUAUCAUCACCCAGAGGUUUGGGCGCCAUGUUCCCCUUCACACCCACAUUCUCCUGGCCAACGUCUGUAUGCUGGCUCCUCCUAUGCUGAAUCCCAUAAUCUAUGGGGUGAAGACCAAGCAGAUCUGGGACCGUGUAGUUAAUUUCCUAUUUUCAUGGGGAAAGUAAAGCUGAGAA